CCUUCUGCGUCUGAGAUUCCAAUCGCGUCUCGGAGCCAAUGUCGUGUUUCGGAUCGGAAGCGAGAAGCGGGGGAGGAGCGGGGGUGGACUGGCCGGCAGGCCGCAUGCCCGGCCGGUAAAGGUGCUUCUUCCUCUACCAUCCGCCCUUUGCCAUUCAUCUUCCCACCCUUCGCAUCUGUCCAUUCGCAUCGCAGUCAGGGAGACCGGCGGGUCCCGGUUCUGUCAAACGUUGCUCUCUUGCAAUCUCUGAUCGGAGCCUCUCUCUUCCUGAGCAGGCGGUGAUUGGCAUCUUCCACUACCCGGAGCUGCUUCCUGCUUGACCCGCACUGCCACCCGACUUGCUGGCUUCGCCUCUGAUGGAGGGUCUCCAAUCGAAUCAAGCUGGGUCAGACGAGGACCAGGAGCCUGGUUCCGAUCCAUUCGUUGCCUCGCUAUAUGCCAAAUCCAGGCCAAGGAGCAACAGCCGUCCUCGCACUACGAAGCGUCAGCAGCACCCUGGCUCUGCAAGGGCAUCGACAUCUCAGGCGGGCUCAAACACAUUUGGAAAGCCUCCGAUGCCCACGAUAGACGGAGAGGUUCAGAACGAGGCUGUUGAAUACCUACCUCCGCUGCUGGCUCCCACUGACAACCGCCGCUCGAGACUGAAUUCGAGUGAGUCAUGGGGUAGUAGUGUUAUGCCAGCGGCUUUGCCAUUCUUUCAGCAGCACCGGGUGCGGGCAGGUCAAUCCGAGAAUCCAAGGAACCGCUCCAAGAGCGGACAGAGAGACUCUUCUCAGACCCAGAAAGAAGACGAAGUACCCCCUUUGCCCGUCGUUGGCGCUGGUCUAGAGAGCUGGCUGCAAUCACAGAGCUACCUUGCGCCUACGCAGACGCUGACAGCGCAUAGCGACGCUAGACAUCAAUCCUCUCAAUUCACGUCCUUUGCUCCCCCGGGACGUGUCAGGCGCAGAGUCGGGUCUGAUGCUGGCUCUGCAGCGGGCGAGGGGAGUUUAGGGGGAUGGUCGAAUGGAGUCGUGAGCGCUACGGGAAGGCGGCGAAUGAUGGGCAAAGGGAGCGGAAGGGAUGCCACCCGGCCCGCCCGGCCUGGUCUGCCUCUUUGGGAAGGCGGUACUGGUCUUGCCGAGCAAGAAGAACCGGAGAACAGUGGAGACGGCGACGUGAAUGGGAGGGCAGGCUCCAGCUUUACGCGAGAUGCUAGCGUCUCAAGCAACCUCAGCAGUGUACUCCAAUGGAGGGAUUCGUCUGCCAUACCAUCCUCUGCGAUGAAUAGAGACCUUCAUCGAGGACCACAGUCGAGAAAAGGGCUCACAGUCGGCCCGAGCAGCGGAGGCGGAUCUUUAAAGGCUCCCUCACUUGCUGGCUCUGUCCUUCCGAGCAGCGCUUCACGCCAGUCUCUGCGACCUUUGGAUCUAGGGCAGUCUCGCUUGGUUCAAGACGUCAGGAAGAAGUCGGAGGCAACGCCGCUCCGUACCUUCGUGCGAGGGAUGAUGAAGGAGAGGCUGUCGUUCUCUGCGCUCGUCAGCACAGGUCUCUGUAUCCUGCUCCUCGUCAAAUGGGUCAUUGCCGCUGGAGGAUGGUCAGGGAAGGUCAGAGCUGGGUGGGAGACAAUCCGACACUGGAUGUCACUGACCGCCAGCCUUCCCCUCGACGAGUGGUAUGUCUUUGACGUCGACCAUCAUCUUCUCAACCGACCGCCCCUCGCCGGGUAUGUGAGCAGCUUGUUCGGAUCUAUUGCUUUGAGACACGACGCGCUAUCAGGCGCUUUCGUCUUUCCUCCUUCGCGCGAUACCCAGGCAUCAGCUGCUCAUACCUACAUGGUCCUCGUUCACCUCAUAUCCUCGCAUCUGCUCUACGUAUUACCCAUUCUCUGGUUUCUGAACAAGCGCCUCUCGGAUCGAGGCCGUAGGACAAGGGCGAUCGUUGCUCUGACAGUCCUGGGGCAACCGACCCUUCUGCUGGUAGAUUACGGCCUGGGCGGAUGGCAGUCUGUGUCUCUUGGUCUCAUCACUUUGAGCCUGGCCUUGUUGCAUAGUAGUCUCCCCAACGCAGAGGAUUCGGGCACCACAGAGGUCAUGCGACGGAACCAGAUCACCAAUCUCUCGAGAAAAGUGAGCUAUGCCUACGUCGCUGCUAUCACGGCCUUCUUGUGGGCUCUAUCCUUCGACCAGACUGCCCUCAUCUUGGUCCCUGUUGUGCUCGCCCUGUUCCUGGGUCGAUGGGCUGGUCUGAACAGCAUCGGCGCUUCAAGAGGAAUGGUCUUCCUCGGCGGCAUCGCUAUCGCAGUCAGCCUGACCUUUCUGGCCAUGUUCUUUCCCUGGCUUUCCUUCAAGACGGUCGCAUCUCUUCAACAGGUCUUUACACGACUAGGAGGGGCGCUGUCGAGCCCUCUUGUGCCUAGCGACAUUGACGCAUUGCCGGUCAGGGCUCGACACAUCGGCGACUCUUUGUCUGAACAUUUGCCCUUCGAUGCGAAGGUUGCUAGAUCCGCAACUGCAGCUCUGGCAUUGCUCUUCCCUUGCCUCAUUUGCUUCCGAGCCGCAAGGGAGACGGUCAAGAUCGAGAUGCGACUUGCUGAAACGGUCGUCUCAAAGGAAUCAUCGAGAUCGACUGCGUCAGCGAGUGGCAGCGUCAGCGGUCGUGGCAUCCCGCCUCUCAAGCAUACGCCUCGACAGGUAGACGCGGUGAGUGGUCAUCGACAGCACAAGAGGUCGGGUUCACAGGCUCCGUCCGAAGCUGGAAGCGACUUGCGAAGUCUUGCCGAAAGUCUCGUGCGAGGCGAAUCCUCUGCACUACCUUCACAGCGACCCAGCCUCGACACCGAGAGUCCACGGCAGCGUAUGAAAGAUGACGAGAUCAGAGUAGCCUCCUCUUGCCCUUCACCAGCGGCUGCGAUAUUGCCCUAUGCAGCCGCAGCAAUCUCCUUGGCAACCUACCUUUUCCUUCCCUUCGGUCAAAUGUGCGAGUCAGACGCGACCCAAGUACUCUUCCCUUUGCUGCCACUCACACUGCUGACAGUGGCCAAAGGCGAUGAGUGGGGAGGAGGCGCAGGAAAGGUCGACUGGGAGUGGAUCAUUCUAAGCAACAACGUCGGGACAUUCAGUCUCUGGCCAUUGACUCGCAGAGACGGACUGCAGCUGCAAUACAUCUCUGUUCUAUUGCUCUGGAAUUUCCUGAUUGGAUACCGUCCCUUCGCAGAUCUUUCGGGCACUAGACAAGGCUUUGUAGGCAGGCUCGGAGCCGCGGUACAUGGGCUGAUGAUAGCUGUACACGCCGGCUCCCUGAUCUCCCUUCUCUUCGAUCCGCCGGCGCUUCUGCUGCCUACCCUGGUCGACGGCGUCUCCACUCUUUCGCUUCUCGUCGUCUACCUCUGGUCGAUGAAGAGACUUGCAGAGGUCGCAUUGGGCAAUGGACUAGAGAUCGGACUGAGUUGGCGCAUGGGCAAAGCCAAGAGCAGACAGCUGCAUCAGCAGCAGCAGCGCGUCGUGAAGAAGGCGACAUGAGCGAAGCACUGCCACCAUGCCGUUCUGACAAACAGAUUCUUGCGAGAGCCUUCACCGUACUCAACGACACUGCUUGCGUAGCAACAGCGAAAGUCAUGAAAUUAAUUUAUACCGUUUUACCUCGCGAGUUGAAUGCCUGUAGCAGAGUUGAAGUCGUCCGUCGUGAGAUGGUCCAGCAGCGCUAUCUUCCGCGUUUCCUCUAC